CCCGCCUCCCGCGCCGGGGGCGGCUGCUGCUGCGCCCGCACCGCGCGAUGCCCAGUCACCGCAGCAGCGCCGCCGUCAGCCGCGCCGCCACCGCCGCUGCAGCAGCGCGGGCGGCCGAGAGCCGGUAGCAGGGAGCCUGGGGAAGGGGCCGCCGAGCCCCGUGCGCUCCUACCGGUCGCUACGCGGCUGCGAAAUCGAUGACUAUUUUUAUUUACUUAUUUGUUUAUUUUUUAGGAACGGCUGCUCCGAGGCUCAGGUCUUCUCGUGAACCUGCAGCGACGCCCCCGGCGCGUGCACAAAGGCUCCGACGGCAGCCGGCGGGGACUGGCGAGCGCGCCGGAGCCGGCGCCAGAGGUCGCCUGUGCGCGCCCUAGCCAAGCCCCGGGCACCAUGCCGCGGCGCCUGCAGCCCCGGAGCGCGGGCACAAAGGGCCCGCCCGGCACGACCGCGGCGGCUUCGGAGGCCGCCUCGCGCCCCCACCCCUCACCCUCCGGGGACCCUCCGGCCUCCGCCAAGCCGCUGCUGCGCUGGGACGAGGUGCCCGACGACUUUGUGGAGUGCUUCAUCCUGUCGGGCUACCGGCGGCUGCCGUGCACGGCGCAGGAGUGCCUAGCCUCGGUGCUGAAGCCUACCAACGAGACGCUGAACUUCUGGACGCACUUCAUCCCACUGCUGCUGUUCCUGAGCAAGUUCUGCCGCCUGUUCUUCCUGAGCGGCCGCGACGUGCCCUUCCACCAUCCGUGGCUACUGCCGCUGUGGUGCUACGCUUCGGGCGUGCUGCUGACCUUCGCCAUGAGCUGCACGGCGCACGUGUUCAGCUGCCUGUCGCUGCGCCUGCGCGCAGCCUUCUUCUACCUGGACUACGCGUCCAUCAGCUACUACGGCUUUGGCAGCACUGUGGCCUACUACUACUACCUGCUGCCCGGCCUGAGCUUGUUGGACGCCAGGGUGAUGACCCCGUACGUGCAGCAGCGCCUGGGCUGGCACGUGGACUGCACGGGCCUCAUUGCCGCCUACCGCGCGCUCGUGCUGCCCGUGGCCUUCCUGCUGGCCGUGGCCUGCACCGUGGCCUGCUGCAAGAGCCGCACCGACUGGUGCUCUUAUCCGUUCGCGCUGCGCACCUUCGUCUUCGUCAUGCCCCUGAGCAUGGCCUGCCCCAUCAUGCUCGAGAGCUGGCUCUUCGACCUGCGGGGCGAGAACCCCACUCUCUUCGUGCACUUCUACCGCCGCUACUUCUGGCUGGUGGUGGCCGCCUUCUUCAACGUGAGCAAGAUCCCCGAGCGCAUCCAGCCGGGCCUCUUCGACAUCAUCGGCCACAGCCACCAGCUCUUCCACAUCUUCACUUUCCUUAGCAUCUACGACCAGGUGUACUACGUGGAGGAGGGCCUGCGCCAGUUCCUUAAGGCGCCGCCGGACGCGCCCACCUUCUCGGGCACCGUGGGCUACAUGUUGUUGCUGGUUGUCUGCCUGGGGCUGGUCAUCAAGAAGUUCCUCAACAACACCGAAUUCUGCGGUAAAAAGUGAGCCUCCGCCUUGGAGGAGGCUGCCGGCUCGCUCACCUGUUUGUUUGAAGUUUCUGUUGUUGGUUUGUUUUCAAGUUUUGUUGUGUUUCCUUCUUUGCUCGAGGAGGGUGCUGCAAAACCAUAGGGAAAAAGUUCAGUGCGACAAGGGCUUUGGGAGAGUGCACUCAGUGCACUUAGGGCUUUGGGAGAGGGAGGUGGGGCAAGCAGGAGGGAGAGGGCGGCUGGUUCUUGUCCCUGGAAAAAAUGUAGGUGGUGUCUGUGACAUCCAGGGAUUCUUCUAAGGCAGCGCGAAUAGAACCCCACAUAAAACCCCAACCAGUUCGAUCUUCCAGUCGUCUUCUCUGCCAGAGGUAAUAACGAGCAGCCCUUGUGAGGUCAGGCAUGCAGUAAAGAGGGUAAGUAGACAGAACCCCUGGGUACUUCCGUUUCGGUGUGAGGAAUGCUUGGAUUUGUCAAAGAAUAGAGCUUUGUAGGAAAAGAGCACAGAGACACUAACCCAGGGCUUAACCUGCUAGAAAAUGCAUGGAAUGUGAACACACGUUAAUUAUUUCAAAAUGUUUCUUAGAUGUUAGUUAAAUAGUAAUAUAUACAAUGAUUUUUCAUAAUUUAUCAAAGCCUGUGAUCUGCACUGAAUUUUCUUUGUCACGUAGUUUGGAAUCUUGCAGCUCUUCUGCAUUGCAUAUACUUGAACUGGACAUCAGGGCAAGCUGCUUGAGAGUUCUCAGCUACUUUUUUAAACAGUAUUUUUUGAAGGCCUGUGUGUGUCAUGAUACAACUGUGAAUUAUUCUACCUUAGGGACUCUGGUUAAACUAUUGGGAAGGAGCUAAGUGGUUUGUAUAGGUCCCAGAUUUCUAUUUACUUAUGUGUUCCACAAAACCCAUCCUGUUUUUCGGUUUUGUUUUUAAUCUUAUUCUCUCUUUCUCUACUGAUUCAAAUUGCCACUGGAAUAAAUGUGCCUUUUGAAGCAAUGCCCAAAUGACUGGUCCUCACACAUAGUUUCUUGCAUGGGGAGAGCAGUAGGUGUAAGCUUUUCUUACUUUAUUGCAAAUCAAGGUUUAACAUUCUAUUCAGGAGGGAAGGAAGAUGGUAUGGGUUGUAAGUUUUUGGUAGGACCAGUAGUGGCUUCCUAGGACAUGCAGAGCAUUUGGCUUCUCUUACAAGGAGAAGAAAUCAGCCCACUAAUGAGGCUGUGGUUCCUAAUGCUGCCAUCGGGGAAGGUGAAAGGACACUGUUCUAGACUGAGCCCGUCUAGCCUUGCUUAAAAUUAAAAUCGUAAUAUUCAGGAGUAAAUAUGGCAGUUGUAAUAUGAAAGUCAGGAGUAUGUUACUUGAGUUAUAGCUGAAAAUUUUGAGUUAAAUAAGAUGACCUUUGCCUAGUUAAGCACUGAAUUCUCAUUUGGAUCCAGACUAUGGAAAUGAAUGGCGGUCACCCUAAAUCGUUGAAAAAUUAGGGAAACACGCUCCUGAGAUCCUAUCUGACAACCACAUUGGCCAGUGUUACUUAAGACAUUUCUCAUAAACGUUAUCCUGGACUUGAGAUAGCAGCUCUAGACUAACACAAACCAGUGAGGUGGCUUAUUUAAAUACUUAUCACACUUCUUGACAAGUCCUUUGGGUGAAGAGCCAGAUAAGUCAUUGAAUGGGGAAGUCUUGACUUCAUGGUAUAAUUUAGAUCAAGGACAGAAGGUAGAUGAACACUUACCUCAGCACUGGUAGGCUGGUGGUCCUGCCAAGAUUGCUCUUUUUGUUUAUGCUUUUAAUCACUACUGUACUUGUAAACAGAGAGGCUCUGGCACAAUUCCCUGGAGGAACCAGUAUCCUUGUGUGUUAAUUGCACACGGAAGUUAACUUUAUAUAUGUCUAUAUUUAACUUAGGAGACCUCUUAACGAGAUUGUAAAUACACUUUGCACAUUUGCUGAUGGGUGUCAGUGUCUCAUGUUUGGCAAAGUGCAAGGAGAUUCCUGUUAGGUUACAGGGACUGAGAGCUGUGCCUGCCACGGAUGUCAAUCCUCAGCUGUAACUUAAUUCAGUACAUGUAUUCAAGGACAGUUGUGGAAAUCAGGCUAUUUCCACAUGCAAACUCAUUUGCAUGUCAUUGUUGUCUCUUCUAGAGCCCCCAAAAAUGUUGGUUUGGAAGCUAGAGAAACAGGUUGAGGAGCAUUUUGGAUCUUCCUUGUAAUAUAGAAGAAACUCUCUAGAGACAGCCUUCCAAAAAAGGUUGAUGAGUUUGAGAACAAGAAAUAAAGCCUCUAUUUGUCAUUUUACAUUUUUGUUGGCGAUCUUCCAGGUCCUCAAAGAAAAUUCUCUUCUUGCCUUGUGUCUUUGUCCUUAAGCAGAGGCCACUUAAGGAUAAAAUUAUACCCAUAUAAUUUUCAAGUGAUUAUGAGGCAUGAGCCCAGUAAGAUGACACACUUUUCCCUUGGAAGGUUUCAGCAAAGUGAGGACUGACUUUCCUUCCCUUUGCUUCUUCCUUCCUGCACGUUCCCUUUCCCUUUCCAUCUUCAUUUUUAUAUACCACAUACAGCACUGACAAAGGACAUUCUAGUUGAAAACAUUGGUUUGGCUUUACCUCAUGUUUCCAAAUAGGUACCGUAUACACUACAUAAGACCGGGGUUGAUUUGUGAGGCUAUAUAUGUUAUUUGCUAAAUGAUAUCGGAUUUCGGUCAAGAUAAAUGAUGAUGUUUGAGAAUCAGCAAAUAUUUACUCAGUCUCCACGUUUGCAUGGAACUCUCCAGGUAUAUUAUAUAUUUCAGGGGUAAUAUGACAAUCAGAAUAAAAUCGCUUUUAAAAUAUUUUUUCACACUCUUCAUUUUGCCACAUCCAAUUCAGUCAGUUUAUUGUGUUCAGCUGUUAGAAAUGUAGGACAGAUGAUAAGAAUGCACUCCCUUAUCUCUGUACAACCUAUUUCAGCAGUAGAAUUUUGAAGCCUGUUAUGUAAUGCAUUUUAUUUUUACUCAUUAGUCAUGAUCUGGAUGACAUCUCAAGGAGCAGCAUCAGAGAGUCAUGCCUGGGAAAUGAGGGUGUUUGACUUCCAUGCCUGUCACCCUGUGGGUUGGUCUCUGGAAUUGACUCAGGCUGAUGUAGGCGGCUAAGGGGAGGUUCCUUUCUUCCCUGCCUUUCUUGUAUCUGCACCUUCAGGUGAAGAGGGUGACCUCCCAGAGAGAGGAAGUGAGU